AUGGGGAGACGAAAGAUCGAGAUACAGCCGAUUUGCGAAGAACGGAAUCGUACGGUGACUUUCAUCAAACGAAAGGCUGGGUUGUUCAAGAAAGCUCACGAAUUGGCUGUUCUGUGCCAAGUCGAUGUAGCUGUCGUUAUACUGGGGUCUAAUAAUACAUUCUAUGAGUUUUCCUCGGUGGAUAUGCAAGAGAUGAUAAAGUAUUAUCAGCGAGAUGAUUUGGUGCAUGAUGUCAAGGGUCCUUCUGAUUUCGGUGAUUAUGCAAAGAAACAACAGAUCAAGCUGAAUGAACAUACGGGGAGGAAACCAGUGAGGAAUGUGAGACAUAGAACUGAGGAGGAAGAGGAAGAAGAAGAAGAAGAAGAAGAAGAGGAGGAGGAAGAACGUAGCCGGAGUGGGUCUCGCGGUAGAAUGACCCGAAAUUCACUUAAAAGAGAGCAAGAACAAGAACAAGAAGGACCAGAUAGCAAGAGGGCAAAGACUGAUGUUCCGCCGAAAUUUAAUCCUUUACAACAGAUGGUACAGCGACAGUUUCAAAACUUGUAUCAUGCGGCAUCCAGCUCACCUAAUGGAAGCACUACAGAGGUUAAUAAGGUGCCAUCACCACCUGAAAAGCAGCAACCCGCUCCGAAGAGUCCCAAACCGCGUGUGCUGACACCAAUGGCGUCUACUCCAGCAAACCGGGUCGAUAAUGUCAAACGUCCGGUAUUGCGCGUACAGAUUCCAAGCAGCAACACCCUCUACAACCCUGGAAUCCACAGCGGAUCAUCCUCAGCCUCAUCUGUAGGAGGAGCAAACACUAAUUUAAUCUCUAGAAACACUAGUGCUGUAAGGUACGAUGCAAAUCCACUAAGCCCGAGACGACAAACACCGAAUGCCACAGGCGAACAAGAGAAGAACGAUCCAAACCGACUAUCGACAAAACCAUUAAGUGGGAACUCUUACGGGCUCCCGCCCAUGUUUUCCGGUUCGCCAGCGUUUCCUUCAUACUUGGCAACGCCAUUACAGGGACAAGUUAACAAUGCGAAUCACGGCCCGCCGUAUUCAGGAUUAAAACAAUUGCAAAUAGACCAACAUCACACACCUCAACCGCCAUCACAAGUGCCCCAUCCACAACCAACUGAACCACCGAAUGGACCUUUCACAGGUUCUCUACCAUCAAAAUUCGCACACGACUUAAUGGUUCCUUCUCCCAAUACAGCAAUGUCAAUGUCAAUGUUUCAAGACUGGACACUGGGGCCAGCAAGUGCCAAGACAGCUCCCAAUGCGCCUGCUGCAAAUCCACAGGGUACCGCCACUCCUGCGCCUAAUUACAAUAAUGGCAGCUCGGGUCUAACACCCUACAUGAUGGUAAAUCAAACUCCGCUUGCCAAUAGGUUUUUCAGCUUUACAGCUGACUCUUCGGAGGACAAGAAUCAAGGAACUAAUGGAAAUAAUACGCCGAAAGGUCCCUAA